AUGCUUCAUAGCAUCUUUUUCCUAGGUAACAUACAUGUACCAACAUGCCCUCCGGAAAUUAUCUUGGGAGAGAAUGUGCUGAAGAUCGUGAAGACAAAGUUUCCGAAACCACUGGAGAGUUACAGCACGGAACUGCCUCGCCGGACACCCUUCUCCUGUCUACUAGAUAUGGUUAGUGUUUCUUAACUAAAGGUUCUUAAAAACGAAAUAAAGGGACUUACACUUCCAGCAGACCUACCACCCUGCAUCUCAUUGCUGGCUUGUCUCUGAAGAUAGGCAGGGUUGGGCCUGGUCGAUCCCUGCUGGAGGGCCAGUAGGGGGCACUCUUUUUGCUGGUGUAAUGGAGACCCAAAUGUCCCCGACUCUGUUGUCACUAAAGAUGUCCUGACACCUAUCACAAUAAUAUACGUUUUAACCCUGGUGUUCUGGUUAAAUUCCUAAACGAGUUAUACCAUCAUGACCACCUAAUCAUCCCAGCUUCCAAUUGUGUUACGAAACCACCUAUCCAGUCUGUCUGAAUGUGUGCAUUAACAUAAGAAGCAAGCAUAUCAGGGUUGGGCUCAAUUCAGAAGUUUGGAACUGACUCCCAUUCAACUCAUGAGUUGAAAUUCUAAUUAAAUUAGCCACACCCCACCAGAUGUAGAAUUUGAAUUUGAGUUUGAAUGACAGGAAGCAGAAUUUAAUUCAGUGCAAUUCAAAGGAAAUUCCACUCAGUCAUAGAACAUGAGAGUUUAUUUGGAUAGUCCAUCUGUAUAUGCUCUACAGAUGGUCAUACUAUGAACAAACAAUCUGUUGAUAAGCAACUGCUUGCUAAGGUUAGAGUUUGGUUUAGGGUAAGGGUUAAGGUUAAGGUUAAGGUUCAGGUAAGACGUUUAGGGUCAGGAUAAGGGUUAAGGUUAGGGAUAGGGUUAGUAGAUAGUUAGAUGAAAUGUUACUGAUAGUCUGUAGAGGAUCUACAGAUGGACUAUCCAAAUAAAGUGCUACCGAGAGUUUAAUUGAAUCUGACAGGUCACACUUCCAGAUACCAAAGAAUAUAUCACUUUUCUCUGGAAACAAUGUUGAUAUACUCUUUUAAUCUUAGUGCUUAGAAUAGCCAUAUUUCCACCAACCAUUUAAUUUGUUUGUUCUUUUUUAAGGCCUCCGGGUCAACUUGAGGGUCAAACUAAUGCAUUAUGGUAAAUGUGGUAUCUUCCCCGUAUUUAACAAAAUGUUAAUUAAUUAAAUAUAUUAACUUAGUAUAUUCGCAUACAGGUUUUGUUUUCCAUGAUCAUUCAUUUUAAGAGUUUGUACUGAAAAUCUAUAUUUUCAUCAAUAUUGUAUAUGCAUGUAUAUAAAUAUAUGUUGUAUGUUUUAUGUACAAUAUGUAUAUUUAUAUAGACUACACCUAAGAUAGAAUAGAAGAGGCAUUUGAAUUUCACUGAAAUCAAUUCUAUUUCCUUUCAUUCAAAUUUGAAAUGCAAUUCUGUAUCCUGUUUACUACUUAAAUUCAAAUUCAAUUCAAAUUUAAGAAUUAAAUUGGAAUUUGAGGCAUUCUCAAUUAAUUUCUGCAUUGAGCCCAACCCUGAUGCAUAUGCGAACCAGGGGCCUCAUUUAUGAACCGUGCGUAAAUCUCUCAUUAAAUUCUGGGUUUACGUGGACAUUCUAGGAUUUGCUUGAGCAACAAAUUAUUGGGAUUCAUCAAACUGUCACGAACAACAUACAGUAUAUGCAUGUCUUCAUUGAUAAAUCAGAGCCAUACUAUAUUGCUGCGCUUGUGAAUGAGUGUUACAACCCAGCCUGGGAAAACACCCUCCAUUCACCUUUUAUGUCAACAAAAACUGCCUCAUAUGCUGUAGAAAGCGCAAUGGCAAAGCUGAUCACAUUUAUGUAGUGGUGUGGGCAGAAUGCGUAAAUGUUUUGCAGUGACUUUAAACAGAAAAUGCAUGCCGCAAGUGCCAAACACUGGCCGUGCAUUCUUCAAGAUUGAUUGUCUAUUGAACAAUUUAAAAGUAAAUGCUGCCUACAGCCCACACUUCUAUUUAAAAUAUGAAUUGUUGUUCAAUAUUUUGUUUAUCAAUACAUGAUUGUGUUUCUAUCUCCUGCCUUGGUAUAGGCUCUGAGAUUGAAUAGCUAUGAAGUCACGUUCAUAUUGCACAGCAAUACUGUAAACUACUCAUACAGUCAAAUAUUUAAAAUAGGCUACCGGUCUAUUUACUUUCGAGCAUGGCUAUUGAAUGAGCAAUUGAUCAAUCGUAGCCUAAAAUUUGUUGUGUAGCGUUAAUAAACCAGUCAUGUCAGAAAAGGAGAGACAUGCAAUAUGAUUAUGAUCUAGGCCUAUAUAAUAAAUGUAAAAUCAAGAUAUUAGGUGACAUGCUGCUAUAUGAUCUCCUUACCAAUGGCAAAUGCAUCUUUUUUUAUCAUUAGUCCUAUGUUAUAAUGUUUUUAUUAGCCUACCAUUAUUGUAAUUCCUGUGCAUCAAACACCUCAAUUUCCCCCAAAAGAACAAUAUUUACUUGCAAUACAGUUCAUCAACCACUAGAAGUUGUGCAUACUCAUGGUCUGAGAUUUGAGUGGAGAUACGAACCAUUGCUGGAAAACUGGCGCACGCAAGGUUUACAGUGUUUUUUGUGCAUAUACACUUUUGAUAAAUGAGGCCCUAGGUGUUGGAUGCAUGUGUCUAGGAGACAGCAAACUUACUGGGUCCACGGAUAGCUCGGUCUUGACUCUCUUAGUCAGCCAGCCCAAGCAGUUUAGAGUCCAAAGUGGUGGUGAUAAUGAUAUAAACAAAAAGGAAACACAAAGGCAUGCUCAAACAGAAGUAUUUACACACAUAAAAUGUGACAAGGCUCGCAACUGAGAGCAAUCACUUGCUUAUCAGGCCUCAAUAGCAGAACCCAGAACCUGAACCAGUUGCUGCUGCCACCUCCCGAGUGGCGCAGUGGUCUAAGGCACUGCAUCGCAGUGCUAGCUGUGCCACUAGAGAUCCUGGUUCGAAUCCAGGCUCUGUCGUAGCCGGCUGUGACUGGGAGACCCAUGGGGCGGCGCACGAUUGGCCCAGCGUUGUCGAGGGUAGGGGAGGGAAUGGCCGGCAGGGAUGUAGCUCAGUUGGUAGAGCAUGGUGUUUGCAACGCCAGGGUUGUGGGUUCGUUUCCCACAGGGGGUAUGAAAAAUUAAAAAAAUUAUCUAUGCACUCACUAACUGUAAGUGUCUGCUAAAUGACUUAAAAAUAAAUAAAUAAAAAACCCUAGGGAUGGGGUGUGGAAGUAGUAGGUUGUGCUCUAUAUUGCAGACAUCGCAUCAACCAAUGGCUGUGUCACCUUAUCGAUUGUGCAGUGGGGCAUCAGAUUCAUUUACUAUAUGACGUGGUUAGCUGAUAUGUUAAAUACCUAUCCAGGCGUUGUGAGAUCUGGCAGGAGUCGGCAAUGUAUUAAGCUUUGAACUCUGCGGUAGUGUUCUGUUUUGCUAUGGCUUAACACUGAACUACCCCAAUUCCUGACAUUGGCUCAUUCAAUCUUUCUCAACUAUUCCCCAGAUUAUUGCUGUAGAUGAGAAUGAGUUCUCAUUUAACUGACUUGGUAAAAUACAGGUAAAAUAAAUAUGCUUAUUUCUCAUGUGCUCUUUACAACAGGGAUUUGUUUAGCUCUGUUUGAAAAUUGGUUCCAUACCAUAUGGAAUACUUCAACCAAGAGCAGUGACUUCUUAUACUUUAAUGUACUACACAUUAGAACUGGUCAAAGCAACUAAAGAGAGUAUUUUAAUUUUGAUUGUCAUAUGUUUGCAGGUUGUCACCCUGAAUGAAGAUGAAGGGGAUAUCAAAGACCAUCUGUCCAAUCUCAUCACAGAAUUGGGUUUGGAUGGUGAUUACAAAUUGAUCGCGUCAACAAUAUGCGUCUCCAACUACAUUGAAGACCAAGAUCGAGAGAGGGGCUAUUAUUAUGGGGCAUCUUUGUCCAGCACUGGGUUAGUGGCACGAAAACUCCUGAUUGCCUCAUCUUGUCUACACACAUGGCACCCUUAUGUGUCACUUGCUGUUAUGAAAAGAGAACCUGUAAAAUGUGAAACAGUCAGAUGCAGAGCUUUUAGUGUGGAUAGCAUCCAUACAGAAAAGCCACCUUGUAAAGCCUGCUGUAAGCUCUUAAAUCUCAAGCACGCAGGUCCUCCGACUGGCAACAACAUCUAUGGUAAUUGUGCUGAGGUGGAGAGCCUCAGCAAAUUACUCUGGAACACAGAAAGUCCCAGAAAUGAA